AUGACCUCUACAAAUCUUCCACCGAUGGCGUUUGGAGGGCAUCUUUUCGCUUCGCUCUCGAAUACUGCGGGGUCCGAGUUGUAUAAAGACGACCGAUGUGCAUAUUUAGCGCAUCCUUCGGAGUGUUUUCACUAUCUUAAACCUGACAACAUGGCAGCGAUCCGUCAAGCUACUAAGCUGUGCCACAACUGUGGAACGGAGUUCUGCAGCACUGCGUGGAUGCCGAUUCCGUGUAAUGCAUUUUCGCAGCAGUACCGAUGGACAAGCAACGUCCUAGCUGCUCCAGAGGAAAUCGAGUAUCGCCGCGAGAUUUCAAAUGCCAGAGUCGAGGUUUUGCGGUAUGAAAAUGAACUGAUGAGGUUGGCGCAGAUCAUGUCCAAGCUGGACGCAGAGAGAGCCGCUAUGGAAACCUUCAUUCAGCAGAAAGAGUCAUUCCUUUCGCCCAUUCGAAGUAUGCCCACCGAGAUCUUGGAGAUCAUUUUCGAGUGUGCUGUAGAUCUGGAUGUGGCCUGUACCACGCCAUCUUUCCGCGAAGCACUCUCCGUGCACCGCAUCAGCCUCGUCUGUUCUCGAUGGUGCGAUAUCGCGACUUCCAUGCCACGGCUGUGGUCUUUUAUAUCCAUCUCUCUUGGCAGACAUACACAGCACGAUCUCAUCGUCUCUGAGGCGCUAAUUCGAAGGCACCUCGAACUGGCGGGAAAUGAGCUGCUGACGAUCCGUAUCUCUUCCGAAAACUACAUUCCCCAUGCCCAUUACCCAUUCAUCGUUCAGCUUGCUCACCACGCUCACCGCUGGAGGGAUGUACGCGUCCGCCUCUCAACUGCGGGCGUUGCUAAAUUCUACGAGAUUCUUAACCGACCCGGCGUAUCUCUUCCCAGUCUCGAACUUUUGGCCAUAGAUUACCCCGCAAACAGCUACAGUCGCGAGUUCAGAUGCAACACAUUCAUGGGAGCGUCGAAGCUCCGGGAAGUACACAUAUCGGGGUCGGGCACACAGAUAGUCAAGGUCCACCAGCACCCGUUACCCUUCUCGCAGCUUGAGGCUAUCACCCUUGGUGAAGGCAUUCAGGACAGCGUAUCGGUGGCACGUUUGAUUGCGACAGCAGAAAACGUUGACCGACUUACGGUUGUUACUGGGCCCUCGCCAACCUAUUCCCCAGUUGCUUCCGAUAUGAGAACCCUAGAAGUCGUAUUGACAGGAGAUUUUAGUGUUCGGCCGCUUCUUGACGCGCUUAUCCUUCCCAGGUUGGAUAUCCUAGUCUUCCGCCCCGCGGACCUCGGCUCGGAUCAACAAGUCGUUGAUCUGGAUCCCGUUAUUGGCUUGGUGGCGCGUUCCACUUGCCGCCCUCGCCAACUUGUCGUCAAGGGAGUGAAGGUGAUUGAUUACCAGAUGGAUGCGCUCCUCCAGCAUGCGCCCCAAAUGGUGGUAAUAUCCUAA